AUGAGCAGCCACAUCUUGCAUGCCGUGUCCACGAACGCCCACGUGUCGCGCGUCCCCAUCAAGCGCGCGCUCCUGUCCGUAUCAGACAAAACCGGUAUCGUCGAACUGGCCACGUACCUUUCGCACCAUGGCGUGGAACUGCUUUCUACUGGUGGCACUGCCAAAGCGCUGCGUGAUGCCCAGCUGCCAGUCGUCGAUGUCGCUGCGUACACGGGCUCUCCAGAGAUCUUAGACGGCCGCGUGAAGACGCUCCAUCCCAAGAUCCACGGCGGGUUACUGUGUGUACGUGGCAACCCGCAGCACGAGGCCGAGAUGAGUGCCAACGGCAUUGCACCCAUCGACUUGGUCGUCCUGAAUCUCUACGCUUUUGAAGCAGCAGUCGCGAAUGGCCGGGACUUUGACGUGUGCAUUGAGAACAUUGACAUUGGCGGGCCUUCGAUGCUGCGGUCGUCGGCAAAGAACCACAAGGCGGUCGUUAUUUGCUCCAGUCCGACGCAGUAUCCAGUACUGCUGGCGGAACUCGAGAGUCAUGGGAUGAGCACGUCACUUGACUUUCGUCGUCGCUGUGCGGCAGCGGCGUUCUCCUUAGCAGCUUCGUAUGAUUCAGCGAUUUCGUCGUGGCUCAAUGGUCAGCUCGGGAAUGCGGCGCCGAGUGUCACACGUGUGUACAAGAACGAGUUAGCACUCAAGUACGGAUGCAAUCCACACCAGCAGCCAGCUGCUAUUCUCAGCCAAGUCGGCAAGAAACUGCCCUUCUCCGUGCGCAAUGGCACGCCUGGAUACAUUAACCUCCUGGACGCUGCCAACGCCUACCAGCUGGUGCGAGAGCUGCGUCUGUCACUGAACUUGCCGGCCGCUGCUUCGUUCAAGCACGUGAGUCCAGCUGGCGCAGCUGUUGCAGUAGAGCUGGACGCGAGCCUCCACGCAGCGUACGAAGUGGGCAAUGUGACGCUCACCCCCUUAUCGCUGGCCUAUUUGCGUGCUCGUAACGCCGACCCGCUGUCGUCUUUCGGUGACUUUGUUGCUGUUAGCGACGUGGUCGACGAAGCCACGGCGAAGAUUCUCAAGCGUGAAGUGAGCGAUGGGAUUAUUGCCCCUGGUUACGAACCGGCCGCGUUUGAGAUCCUCAAGGCCAAGAAGGGUGGCAAGUUUAUCAUUCUGGAGGCUGAUGCCACGUUUGAGCUGCCGGAAGUUGAGUAUCGGGAAGUUGCAGGCAUCACAUUUGCUCAGAAACGCAACGAUGUGAUCUUCUCGGCUGACAAACAUCUCGGGGACGUGCAGACAUCGAGUGCAGGUCCAUUGACCGACGCCAAGAAGCGCGACCUUGUGCUUGCAGCUAUUACGCUCAAGUACACGCAGUCCAACUCGGUUGGGUUCGCAAAGGAUGGCCAGAUGAUUGGAGUUGGUGCAGGUCAGCAGUCACGCGUUGACUGCGUGAAGCUUGCUGGACGCAAGGUUGCGAUUUGGCACCUUCGCCAGCACCCCAAGGUACAGGGUCUGGCUUUCAAGGGCCACGUGAAACGUCAGGAGCGGGUUAAUGCGCGGGUACGGUACAUUGAAGGUGACAUGGCACCUGCUGAGCUCGAGACGUUCAAUGCUCUUUUCGAGCAUGUGCCCGAGCCACUCACGAGUGGUGAAAAGCAGGAGUUUCUUGACCACCUGACGGACGUGAGUCUAGCAUCGGACGCUUUCUUUCCAUUCCGCGACUCCAUCGACCAUGCUACGAAGCUCGGCGUCAAGUACAUUACCCAGCCCGGUGGCAGUACCCGUGAUGGGGAUGUAAAGGCCGCGUGCGAGGAGUUCGGGAUCACUAUGGCUUUUUCAAACCUUCGUCUUUUCCACCAUUAA